AAUGCGCUAAUGGCGCAGUGGCAGUCGCGUUAGCUGCGUUUCAGUCUACGACUUUACACGGACUCGUUUACCUAGCAAAGCUCGCUGAUCUUAACGCCACAAUGUUCUUAGAAUUGAACACGUUUCUCGACUUCGAUAACAAGGCGUUGCCGCGGCGAUUCGUCGUCAUCUCCAGCGACGAUACAGUGGAGCACACGUUCGUGCUCAACCACAUGCUCAUGCUGUACCUGAAGACCGGCCGCAGAGUGUUCCAGCUGAACUUUGUCCAUGACGACGCCUUCUUCGCCAGCGUGUGUCAGAAGUUGGGCAUCAACCUGAAAGCUUAUGCCGCCAAGAACGCCUUCCGCAGCUUCAGCUGUCUCAAACUCCUGAAGGAACUCGUCAAAGGUUCCUUCUCGGACAGCUCGCAUCCGUUCGCCUUCCUCACAGCGCCGGCGUCCGAACGCAGCGGCGAUAGACUGUCUAUUUUGCAGUCCCAAAUCUUAGACGAGUUGCGCCGCUUCGUCGGUGACGAAGCGGCGCAACUCGGAGGCGAGGUCCUAGUCUUGGUGGACGACGUGUCGAGCUUGCUCAACUUCGGACUCGGGUGCCGAGAGAUUGCGGGUCUGCUUCAUUCGCUCAGACUGGAACCUCUCGUGCGCGAACGUGGCACGAUUGUCGCGGGCACGAAGUCCUGCGCCCGCGAGGACGACGCGGACUGUCACCGGCUCUGCACGUACCUGUCUCACCUGGCCGACGCCACGAUUGACGUGCGGGGCCUCUCCACGGGACAUAGCAGGGACAUCACGGGGCAGAUUUCGGUGACAAGAACAAGUAACACACAGCUGCCGACAACCAAGCAGAUGCAUUUCAGGAUCGAAGACAGAGGCGUCAAGCUCUUUCCCGUCGGCCUUAACAAGUUGCCGUUUCACAUCUAGAAAUCACUGUUCACACGGCCAGGCACGUGGGACCAACAAUAUUUAUUGAUACUAUUACUGCGAAAUAAAUACAUAAAAUGUUGAACAAAAA